AUGACCGCCCCUGGUCACCCACAGGACAGAAAGGAGCAGCCAGCAUUAGCAACAACAGCUGCAUCACCAGCCGUGUCGCCAACUGCAACACUUCAGGUUUCGCCAGCCACGUUGCCGGACACAGGAGGAGAGCCAGCAGAAGCCACAAGAGAAGUGGCGUCUCCACCUGCGUCACCAUCCACAGUACGAGUUGAACGACCAGCUGCACCACAAGUGGUUGCACCAGCCACUUCACCAGCCACACCAGGAGUUGUCACGGAAGCCACAACACAACUGCAGUCUCCAGCUGUACUGACAUCCACAACACAACUUGAACCAGCAGCUGCAACACACGUGGCAUCCCCAGCCACUUCCCCAUCUACAACACAUGUCUCAUCAGGCAUGACACAAGUGGCGUCGGCACUUAUAAUCGAAGUGGCGUCACCACCCACAACAAGAGCAAUUCAUCGAGCCUCGUCGUCAUGCAAAACAAAAGUUACAUCACCGGCAGCCCGUCUAACCACAAAACGUGUAGCCUCAUUACCUUUAGGGCAGGUGGUGUCCAAAGCAUCGUCGUCGGCCUCCACAGGAAUAGCAUCCGCCAUCCCCAUUGCCUGCAACAGCAUGCAUCUUAUCACCAGUCCUUUUGCCAGAUACAACACUCAUCAAGUCACCAGUCCCGUUGCCAGAUACAAAACCCAUCAAGCCACCAAUCCUGUUGCCCGAUACAGCACAUGCUGUGUCACCAGUCCCGCUGCCAGAUACAACACCCAUCAAGCUACUAAUCCUGUUGCCCGAUACAGCACAUGCUGUGUCACCAGUCCCGCUGCCGGAUACAACACACGCUGUGUUACCAGUUCUGCUGCUGGAUACAACACUCAUCAAGCCACCAAUCCUGUUGCCAGAUACAGCACACGCUGUGUCACCAGUCCUGCUGCCAGAUACAACACCCAUCAAGCCACUAAUCCUGUUGCCAGAUACAGCACACGCUGUGUCACCAGUCCUGCUGCCAGAUACAACACCCAUCAAGCUACUAAUCCUGUUGCCAGAUACAGCACACGCUGUGUCACCAGUCCUGCUGCCAGAUACAACACCCAUCAAGCUACUAAUCCUGUUGCCAGAUACAGCACACGCUGUGUCACCAGUCCUGCUGCCGGAUACAGCACACGCUGUGUUACCAGUCCUGCUGCCAGAUACAACAUGCGUUCUGUCACCAGUCCUGCUGCCGGAUACAGCACACGCAGUGUCACCAGUCCUGCUGCCGGAUACAACACACGCUGUGUCACCAGUCCUGCUGCCAGAUACAACAUGCGUUCUGUCACCAGCCCUGCUGCCAGAUACAACACCCAUCAAGCUACUAAUCCUGUUGCCAGAUACAGCACACGCUGUGUCACCAGUCCUGCUGCCGGAUACAGCACACGCUAUAUCACCAGUCCUGCUGCCAGAUACAACAUGCCUUCUGUCACCAGCCCUGCUGUGGGAUACAACACGCGUCCUGCCACCAAUCCUGUUGCUAGCUACACCAUGAUUCGUGUCGCAAGAUUCUGA